GUGUCGUCCGAUAGUGUGAAUCGAAUAUGAGUUUGUUUGUUUCAUUUCAAAUAAUAAUAACAAUAUUUUAAAUUCAAUGAAAAAGAAAAUCAUCUACAAUUAUUGAUUAAUGAUUUUAUUUCAAUUUACAUGACGAAUAAUCUUGAUAAAAUAUGGCUGAAACCAAUGAAAUUGAACAAUUUCAAUACGAUGAUGAUGAUGAUAAAAUCCUUUUGAUAUCACCAUUCAACAAUAGCCAAUCAUUAUCAACAAAUCAAAAGCAAAAAACAAUCGAUGAUUUUAUCAGACAAGUUCAAGAUGAAAAGUUUGAUAUCAAUGUGAUCGAUAAUGUCGAUCAGCGAAUAAAAUCAUCUAAUGAUACAUCAAUUGUUAUGGAAAAAUAUUUUGAUGAAGAAAUUGUUUACAUACACUGUCCGAUUUGUUGUAAAUCGUCGAAAAAUAUCAAUCACAUCAGAAAUUGUGCACAAAAAUCAAAUAUUGCACCCAAAGAGGUGAUAUAUAAUCUUCGAAAAAUAAAAACAAUCAAACGAAUAAAAUUGAAAAAAAUAACGAAUUGUAAUCAAAAAAAUUCUCAACGGACCCUUGAUAAUACAUCACUAAAUCGUCGAAAAACAUUACUUGUAAAUGAUAAGGAUUUGAAAAAAUCGAUAUUUGAAAAAAAUAUUUCAAGAUUGAAAAUUGUCGCAAAUCGGAUAUCCGAUUAUAAUGAGAAUGGUGAAAUUCCAUACCAUCAACAGCAAAUAGAUAAUCUACCCGAAUUUUGGUUAGCUUCAUUUCUGGAUUUUCAAUCCGAAAAAUAUCAAUUGAUUGAAUUUCAAAAUUUUUUUUAAAACGAAAAAUUGAUCGAACAUCUUUGCCUAUGUUUUUUUUUGUUAAUUUAAUUUCUUAAUAACUAUCCGGUUUUUCUAUACCAAGCAUUAUAAUCAUCU